ACGGUAUAUUAAUAUUUAAAAAUACGAUAAAAAGUUUUUUUUGGUUAGUAAUAUUUUCGCAAGCAUCGCACAGCGAGUCGUUACAUUCCCUCGCCGUCUGACCGUGAUUGGAAAAAAUGGAGGACAAAUCGAUUCUAAGGGAGUGGUUCGAGCGAGUUGACUCAGAGAAAACCGGAAGCAUCACAGCAACACAGCUCAAGAGCGCUUUUGCCAUUGGAAACCUUGAUUUUCCUCUCUCCGUCGUCCAACAAAUGAUCAGGAUGUAUGAUUUUGAUAGAAAUGGUACCAUGAGUUUUGAAGAAUUUCUCGCCCUCAACACAUUCCUCAUCAAGGUUAGUGGACUACUUUCUACUUUCACAAUUGAAAUUCAAACUGGUCCAGCAAGCCUUCGCAGACUUGGAGAGGCACUAAACAAAAUGGGAUUUUCUUUGGAUUCUCCUGCAUUUUACACAGCUUGUGAGAGCUUCGAUAAGAAGAAGAAUGGAAGAUUUCAGCUGGAUGACUUCAUAUCACUUUGUAUAUUUUUGCAGUCUGCUCGGAAUUUGUUUAAUGCAUUUGAUACAGCAAAGCAAGGCAGAGUUACUCUUGAUCUAAACCAGUUUGUCUACUGCACUGCCAGCUGUAGAAUAUGAUGUCAAGUACACCAAGUGAACUAGAAGCGAGGAGUACCUCUGCACAUUCGGAUGGGCCAUGGGGACUGAUGUCAUGAUCUGAUUGAAAAACCUAUGUCGUUGUAGCGUGCCAAUAAAUUUCCUGCUUGGUUGUGGAUCAACUUCUCGUUCUUAUUGCAUCAACAAAUGGUUAUAUUGUGUAGAAUUUUGCAUGCAUAGGACGUUGUAUAAACUAGCCAAAAUAAAAUAAACCUUCUGUAGUCUACUGCUUCAAAAUUGGUCAAAUUAAGUUGUUGUUUUGA